GCCAAGGCGGCGGGCGGGCUGCGCAGAAUGAGCGGCGCGCAAGCGGGCUGGAGCGCAGGUCCGCUGGGCGCUCGUUCGGCGGCGCUGCGCGGCGGGCGGAGUCCUUUUCUGCAGCAGCGGCGCUCUUAGGCUCGGCUGGCCGGGCACCGCCUUCGCCUGGGCAGCAGCUCUCCGGCGCAUAUGGCGCUUCCCGGCGCGCCGCGGAGGAGCCCACCGAAGCAGGGCGCGAUGCCGGGCGCGGAGCCUCGCUGAGUCCCCCGCGCGGCGCCCCGGGAGAGGCAGGAAAAGGAGCGAGCCAGCCCCGGGAUGAGCGCCUCGGCUGCCACGGGCGUCUUCGUGUUGUCCCUCUCGGCCAUUCCCGUCACUUACCUCUUCAACGCCUUGGCUGCCAGCGGCGGCUCCUGGGUCACUGUUGCAGUUGGAUUGUUGAUUCUGUUCUUAGUGGGUCUAGCAGCCCGAUUCCUGGUGAAAAGAAAACCGCCCCGAGACCCACUGUUCUAUGUCUAUGCCGUGUUUGCUUUCACCAGCAUCGUGAACUUGAUCAUUGGGCUUGAGCAUGACGGAAUCAUCGAUGGAUUCAUGACCCAUUACUUGAAAGAGGGUGAACCUUAUCUGAACAUGGCCUAUGGCCACGUGAUUUGCUAUUGGGAUGGCUCUGUUCAUUAUCUGAUGUAUCUCUUGAUGGUGGCAGCUAUUGCAUGGGAGGAAAGUUAUCGGACAAUUGGCUUAUAUUGGCUGGGGUCCAUCAUGAUGAGUGUCAUUGUCUUUGUGCCUGGAAACAUUGUGGGCAAGUUUGGAACCAAAAUUUGCCCUGCAUCUUUAUUAAGUAUCCCAUUUAUCUGUCUCCCAAUAUGGGCUGGUUUCAAAAUCUAUAAUCAGCCUCCCGUGAUUGGUGACUGUCCAGCCAAGGUGAUUCGGGAAGUUCAGCAGAAGAGACUUCUGAGAAGACCUCUAGAUUUCCUGUUGGCUGUAUAUUUCAUCUUUGCAACUGGAUUUUGCCUUUUUAGGGGCCUGGUUGCCUUGGAUUGCCCGGCCGAACUUUGCCGACUGUACAGCCAACUUCAUGAGCCAUAUAUCAAGGAUCCUGUUGCCUAUCCAAAACUUCAGAUGCUGGCAUACCUGUUCUACUCUGUUCCAUACUAUAUAAUCUCACUGUAUGGUUUGCUCGUUCCUGGGUGCACCUGGAUGCCUGAUUUAACCCUUAUACAUGCUGGAGGACUAGCCCAGGCUCAGUUUUCACACAUUGGGGCUUCUCUACAUGCUAGAACACCUUACAUCUACAGAGUCCCCGAAGAAGGAAAUAUGUGGUUUCUGCUACUCAAUGUAACAUAUGGAGUCGUUCCUCAGCUGUUGGCUUAUAGGUGCGUCCACAGUCCAGAAUUUUUCUUAAAGGCCAAGCCAGAAGACAAGACUGAGUAGGAAGACUGGAGCGACGUCUUCACUUUUGUGAAACUGGACUGCUGUUACAAACUCAGAGAGCAAGGAAGGGUCUUGCAAUACCUGGAAGGCUUAACACAUUUAUUAAGGUAGAGGUUUUCAUGGACCACAGUCCAUUUCAGCCGUAGUCCAUUUUACAUCUACCAGGUUGACUGCAGUCAUCAAAAGCUUAUGCCAUAAUAAAUCUGUGAAGUCUUUAAGGUGCCACUCUUCGCUGUUUUUGGUGCAAAAAGACUGGAUACAGUUACUCCUUUGCAACUCUACAAGAUUUGUCUGCAAAGACACGUCUGCUCGGUGUUAUGUACUGUUGCAGGAAAUAAAAGACUACUUCUGUCUUU